AUGUCUUUUCCCCAGCUGGGCUACCAGUACAUCAGGCCGCUUUACCCGGCGGAGCGCCCGGGGAGCGGCGGCUCCCGCGGCGGCGCCGAGCUGGCCCCGUCCGGGACCCUCUCCAACGUGCUCUCCUCCAUGUACGGCGCGCCCUACGCCGCCGCCGCCGCCGCCCAGGGCUACGGAGCCUUCCUGCCCUACGCCGCAGAGCUGCCCAUCUUCCCCCAGCUGGGCGCCCAGUACGAGCUGAAGGAGAGCCCGGGGGUGCAGCACGCCGCCUUCCCCCCCCACCACCCUGCCUUCUACCCCUACGGGCAGUACCAGUUCGGGGACCCGUCGCGGCCCAAGAACGCCACUCGGGAAAGCACCAGCACCCUCAAGGCCUGGCUUAACGAGCACCGGAAAAACCCCUACCCCACCAAGGGCGAGAAGAUCAUGCUGGCCAUCAUCACCAAAAUGACCCUCACCCAGGUCUCCACCUGGUUCGCCAACGCGCGGCGGCGGCUCAAGAAGGAGAACAAAAUGACCUGGGCCCCCCGCAGCAGGACGGACGAGGAGGGCAACUCCUAUGGGAGCGACCACGAGGGGGAAGAGGACAAGAGGGAGGACGAGGAGGAGAUCGACCUCGAGAACAUCGACACAGAGAACAUCGAAAGCAACAAGGACGAACUCGAGGACGAUCUGCAGGAUGCCGACCUCCUGCACUCUGACUCCAAGACGGACUCGGAGGGAUCCGAAGGCUUUGAGGACCUGCCCGGCUCCGAGGAGCGCUACGACAAGGCCUCCGAGGGGGACCCGCACCACCUCCGCCACCACCACCUGCACCACCACCACCAUCACCAUCACCACCACAAGUGCGAGCUGCCCGCCGCGGCCGCACCCCUCGGCCCGGAGCCCCUCAAGCCGCCGCUCCCGCCGCCGCCUCCCCACCUCUCGCCCCCCUCCUCCGCUUCUUCCUCCGCCGCCUCCUCCCCGACGGACGGCGCUUUGGCGGGCGCCUUGCCGAAACCCAAGAUCUGGUCGCUGGCCGAGACGGCCACCAGCCCGGACAACCCCCGCAAGUCUCCCGGCGGUGGCUCUCCGCCGGCGGCCGCCCCCCAGCCGCUGCCGCUGCCCACCCCGCCGCCCCACAGACUCGUCUCCUCCUGCCCCCUGGGCAAGUUCCCCAACUGGACCAACCGCGCAUUCCCGGCCCACCACCACCACCACCCCCCGCACCCGCUGGCCUUACUGAACACUCCCCACCUGCUGGGGCUGGGGGCCGCCUCCGCCGCCCCUCCCGCCGCCGCCUUCCCGCGGCCCGCGGACCAGGCGCAGAGCGCGGAGCCCGUCGGAGCAGAUCGAUCUAGUGCCUUGGAAGUAGAGAAAAAGUUACUAAAGACAGCUUUCCAGCCAGUGCAGAGGCGGCCCCAGAACCAACUUGACGCCGCUAUGGUUCUAUCGGCGCUCUCAUCAUCAUAGUUAAUUUUUUAUUGUUGUUGUAAUGAUUGUAAAAAAUCUCUGUAUAGUUCCAACUUGUAAGCAUGUCCGUAUAUUAAAACUCAAAAGGAAAAAAAGAAACCCGCUUCUGUACUAUCACCUGGGUUAGCUGAGCUGUGAGAUUUUUUUCGGAAGUCCAGUGAGAAUUAGGUGUUGCCCCUUAUUUUUUUUCUUCCCCCCCCCCCCUUUUUUUUUUUUUAAUUGUUGUUUGUUUUUUGUACAUACCGUAAAAAAAUGUACAUAUGUGUGAACCAAAUUGUACAAGAAAGUAUAUAUUUUUGGCUAAUAAAUAAACUGUUGCCACUUUGA